AUGGUGAUCUACAGUUACAACGCAUCGACAGUCAAGUACGAACAAAAAUUUACAAAAUUGCUCAGUGACAUUCGGGAAAAUAGGUCAGUAAAUUCUGAAAAUAUACAAAAAUUAAAAUCCCAAGACGAGCCUCCUUUAUCGUCCACAAGUCUCUCAUCUACAACGCGUGAAUGUGUCGAUGAGGGUUGCGUACCUUAUACUCAGAAUAACCAAACGGUAUUCGUUUAA